AGCUGCAUCAAGUUUCAAGGCAAGUUGUGGCCAAGCCUAGAGUACAUGAGUACUUUGUUGCUUUGUUAGAUGGAUUUGCUUUGAUUAGUGUUGGUACUUAAGAGUCUUACGUCACCAUGUCUAAAUCUGUCGGGCCGAUAAAGCUCCCGUCACUCACGUCAAAAUACACGCAGUUCAUACGACCGCGUCAACUAACAGACGAUGAGCCGCCCUUGAAGCUGACCAUCGUCCACGGCAGACGCCAGUUUAAAAUCUGUCUCAAGAUCGCCGACAACGAAAAUGGCGACCGUAUCAGCAUGCGACACCUGGCGGAGAUGAUCAGCUGUGAGACGGGCAUCCCGCCCAGAGACCAGAAGUUCUACUACAAGGAUGUGUCCUGGCAGAACCCAGACAUGGGACCCUGGUCCCCGGCUCUACGGGACCUCGGGAUCAAGAACGGGGACAAGAUCCACCUGGUAGCCUUCCAUGCACCGUUUCCCGACUACACAGACCUCAGCACGCUGGAUGACACGGAGAAAAAGAUUAACGGGCUGGUCAAGGAACUCAGGUGUCUGUUCUACACCCUACACGGCGUCCACGAAGGAUAUAAGGAGGGCAACAACCAGCUGAUGGCCUUGAACCGUUUAAAGCAAGGUUUCGAGAAGGUCAAGACUAGUCUGAUGUCUGAGAUACAGGUUCUGAAUAACCUGCAUUUUGACCACCGCAACAUGUUCGGUCAGGCCAGGAGACGUCAGAUCGUGGACAGCACACAGAGGCAGAUCGACAAGUGCACCGAUGCCGCCACCGCCAUUUUCCACAAACUUGCGCAGGCGCACUACAUCGCCAAUGUGGGUAGGAUCUACCCUCGCGAAUACAGGCUCACAGCCUCGGCCAACAGAUUUUGCUAAACUUGAAAACAUAGUUAGCUUUCAAAUGUUUAUUUUUGAUGCUUAAUUUUAGCCAUCAAUUUUUAUUUAAAAUACCGCAGUAAAACAGAAAAAAAACACGUUAUAUUUUAUACUUGAUUUUACCAUUUUGUUUUAGAUAUUUUAAAAACAAAAAUAUUUGACACAAAAGAGCGUUCUAUUAAAAACAUACUCAAAA